AAAAUGGAAACAGGCAGAGGAUCAUAUCUACAAAAAGUAAGAGAUAAAAUCAAUGAUGUAUUGGACACUACUUAAGCCUCUCAGCUUUCACCAUAUACAAUCUCCACCAUUUGACUGCCCUUCCAACCAAAUUUCAUCCAAACUCUCCAAAACCAUGUAUUCAAUUUCAACUUCUUCUACAUCUCUACCCUUGCAAGAUUUUCUUCCAAACUUUCAUUCCAGAAAAUUGCUGUUACAUUACACACAAUCAAACCAAUCAUCAGUUAAAUUAGCUCCUCCUCACCCUCAAUAUUCCAGUUUUGAUCACAAUGUUUUGAUGAUUCUUUCGGUCAUCCUUUUUGGGUUAAUUUUUUCAUUGGGGCUAAACUUAAUAAUCAGAUGUGUGCUAAGGUGCUCAAACGGGGUGGAUUCCGACUCUAUUCAAAACCCUUCUCCUGCAAUAGUCAACAGCGGAAUCGAGACAAAGGCACUCAAGAUUUUCCCUGUGGUGAAUUACUCGGCGCAGAUGAAUCGGCCAGGGCUGGACUCCGAAUGUCUGAUAUGCCUGUCGGAGUUUACGGCUGGAGAGCGCCUGCGGUUUCUACCGAAAUGCAACCAUGGAUUUCAUGUUCGUUGUAUUGAUAAGUGGCUUAAAUCGCACACAUCAUGCCCCAAAUGCAGGCAUUGUUUGCUUGAAACAUGCCAAAAGAUCAUGGGGUGUGAUCAAAGUAGCUCAACGGAAUCAUGUGUUCCAGCUCAGGACAUCAUUGUGAAUAUUCAACCAUUGGAACCUGAAGGUGUGAUGUGUGGUAUUAGGGGGGUUAGCUGAUAUGAUUCUUUUAUUUUGGCCAUUUGGUGGAAACUGGAAAUCCCUCUGCCACUCCAUUUGAAGGCGUUAUAUUCCAUGAGCGAAGCUCAUUUUGGAGUUUGAAAGGCACCCAAUUCACAACAUUGGAAUCAAGUCUUUUUUUUUUUUUCUCAUUACUGCCUUUACAAUUUGUAAAAGCAAAUAUGGGUAACACAAACAAGAUCAACGAAUUCUACUUACUGAGGCCACUCAUCAACAAUACUAACCCGACAUCCCAAGACCAAAGUUAUCAAACAACACUGCAGAAAUGACCACCCAAAAAGUACUACAAAACGUACUCAAAACCAUAUAACAUACACAUGAAAUCUGACAUUAUAAAUCAACUCACCACCAAGCCUUAAACAUACUAGUUCUAUUCGU